CAAAGCUGCAUUCUUGUCUCUCACUUCAACCUCUCCAUCCACAAACUGCAUCCCAACUCAAGAAUCUACCCCAAGAUAACCAUGAGCUUCAUCGAGAUCGCCUUCCUCAAUCUCACCCAGGACCGAGAGGUCUUCAAUAGCCACUGGCCAGUAAUUGCCAACAAACUCGCCCAUCCCAAUCCGGGAAUAACAGCAGCAUCUCAGGGCAGCAUACUAUUCUACAAAAAUCACCAGAACAAGAAUGCCAGAACAGAAUUUACAAAUGUGGUCAUAAUCGAAUGGGAAUCCCAAUCCAAAUUCCAGGACUUCCUGAAAUCAGACCAAGUCAAGGACUUCCAACAGGCCAUGAAAGCCAUCGCCAAUGGCCCGCCCAUGCUGGAGCUGUACAACGGUGACCAGCAUAUCCCGACUGACUUUUGUUCGAAAGAGGUUGCUCAGAUCGUGCGGGUUGCUGUUCCCAGCACGGACGAUUAUAGGAACCUCCGGGAUAUCUGGAGGGAGAGUGGACUGGCCGUUUUGAGUGGGACUAGUUCUAAUGACAAGGAAAAUUUGUUUGUUGGGGUUCUUUUCUGGGAUGGUCCUGAGGAACAAUCAAAGCCAGCGAACGUGUUUGACCGUCUCGCUUCUGUUGGAGAGGUGUCGAGCUUCGUGGUACAGACAGACCGUAUAUCUCUUCUUUAGCUCUAUACUUGAUGGACCAUGUAGUUAUUGCUAUGGCCCGUAGGCCAUCUAAAAUCCAGUUUAUUUCACUAAUGUCUAGCUGGCACAAGACCGAACAAAGUUACCUAAGAUAUGGAAAUAGAGGCGUAUCAACAAGUUACAGAUCACCGGCAAGUGUCUGCAGAAACAAGCGCAAUACCACUGACACAAUAGAGAGGGAGAGGGAGAAUUUCUCACUCACUCAGUGCAGGCGUUAUUUUUUAAUUCUCUUUUGUUUCUUAUUUUUUUCCUUUUUUCUCUUUUUAUGUUCAGUUUCUUGCAUCUUAGACGCCUCAUGGCCAAGUAGUCUGCUCAAACGCAGGCCACUGGCUGUGUAAAGGGCCAAGGUAUAUGAGAAAGAAAACCAACCUUGUAGCUCCUGGCUUGAGUUGUGAAGCUCGUCAGAAGUAUAGCGAGCCACUAAAUCAACUGCACGCUACGAGUCAGAAUCAGCUGGCAUCACGCGGUAUUCAGAGAAAAGAAAGCACCAUAGAUGAGAAUCGCAGGGGUAUGUGCGGGGUUCAGAUCUAUUUCCGAGGGAUAGUAUGGAGAGCCUUGCCUAUGGGGACCGGCCCCAGGCGUGUGAAUGAUCGAUCGUUUGGCGCUUUUCAAGCAGGAGUCGCAGUACUCGAAAUUCCAUUCGACGUUACCUGGCGUUUGGCGUGGCCUUGUGUCGGUUCCUGUAUACAAUAUAUGGUAUUAGUUAUUCUCAGUUCCGGGUAGUCUGAAAUUCUUUGUCUUUUUUGGGUUUUUUUUUUUUUUUUUUUUUUUUUUUUUUUUUUU